AUGACCCAACAGCCGUAUCAUGACCGGUAUCUCGCCCUUCUCCAUAUCCAAUUGUACUGCCUCCCUAUCGGGGUCAGAAUGCAGAUGCGCACCGGCGAGGGCCAAUGGUAUUGGCGAACUGAGGAAGACUGGCCCGUUCCUGGAACAGAAUACGUUAAAUUCCACCUUGCGGUUGAUGGGAGAGUCAGUUUCAUCUCGGAUGCAUUCGAGGAGGAUGUGGAGCUCGCUGGUCACUUUUCAACUACGCUGAAUAUAUUAUCCACUUCACACGAUGCCGACGUGGUUAUUCUGCUGUGGGCCGUGGAUGAAUCGGGAAAUGUCGUGAGAUUCUGCGUUGACCCACGGGCUCAACCUCUUGCCAAUGGGUUCUUACGGGCCAGUCAUCGAAGUUUGGAUCCCUCCAAAUCCCCUCCCUACCGGCCAUGGCACACUCAUAAAGAAGCUGGUUAUACGCCGUUGAUCCCAGGUGAGGCUGUUGAGAUUUGUGUGGAGAUUUCACCUGCAACGUCUUGCAUUCGUCGUGGAUGGAAGCUCAGACUGGAAAUCACACCUUCCGAAGUUCAGCCAAACAUCCCAGGAUAUGAGCUUCGGAAGCUUCGAUCGUGGGGCAAGGAGUCCCACGACGGUGCAACGAACACUGUACAUGUUGGUGGUGACUACGAUUCAUUUAUUUCAAUUCUCGUGAUUCCAAAGAAGUAUCCUCAAGACAACCCCCUUCGCUCUUAG